AUGAUGGCAAUCUCAGAAAAAGGAGUCAUGGCAAUCUCAGAAAAAGGAGUCAUGGCAACGAAAAUUGACAAAAACGGCGUCCUUCGAGAGUUAAGGCGACAUUUCACUGAGUUUUCUCUACGCGACGUAGAUCUGUGUCUCCGGAGUUCAUCGCAGAUGGAGUCAUUGUUAGAAUGUUUUGCAAUCACGGAUGGCAAAUGUCAUCCCGAUUGCUUAAAAGCAAACAAUGAGCAAGAAGAUUACGAUGCAUGUCAAUCUGCAGCUUUGGUAGCUGUGAGUUUGAUUAGCUCUGCACGUGUUAUCUUCAAGAUCGACUCUAAGUAUACUGAGUACUCACCUCAGUAUUUGGUGGAUAACGUUGGGAAGGAAGAAGUUGAGGGAGAAAUGGAUCAACCAAGCUGUCAGUACACUGUCGGAAACCUCCUUAGUUACUUGGUGGAAAACGUUUGGACCAAGAAGGAAGUUAGGCAGAGAGAAAUGGAUCAACAACGCCGUGAGUUCACUGUCAAAGACUGCUUUGAAUUUGCUUUUAAAAAAGGGCUUCCAAGAAAUGGACAUUGGGCGCAUGUGGGAUGUAUAUUCCCGGUUCCUCCAUUUGCUUGUCAAAUACCUCGCGUUCCCAUGAAAGGAGAAGUGAUUGAGGCUGCAAAUGUGAGUGAAGCGUUGAAGCUGGGUAUGCAACAACCAGCGGCAGCAAGGCUGCAUUUGUUCAGUCCAGAGUUUGAUCUUGUUGGAGAGGGUAUUUACGAUGGCCCGUCAGGUAAUGAAACACGAUAUGUUGGACUUAGAGAUGUGCUCAUGGUUGAGGCGGAGAAGAUCAAGGGAGAAACUGUUUUUACUGUGCAGAUAUGCUACAAGAAGAAGACUUCAUUUGUCAAAGUGUCUACGAGAAGUAUGAUUCUCCCGCUUAAUGGUGACGACGAGUCUCAGGUCACAGAGCCAGCAUGUCUACUUGUUGACUUCUGUAUCCCACGUUUUUCUAUCAACUAACCAAGUGAGCUGAGAUCUUGGUAAGUAUCUGGAGAAGUUUAUGCUAGUUUGUCGUUCCUAUAUUAAGAAUGUUUUAUCAGACUUAUAUUUUAUGUUUAAGAAGUGAAGUAUCUUGAAAACCGUAUGCUUGUUGUGGAACUCAGUUUGUGGUCUGAAAUUAAGAUUUGUUUUAUGAGAC